UGUAGGUGUUCAACAUAAGAAGCAAACUCAUUUACUUUAAAUACAUCACAUGAGAUUGAUUCCGCCGCCUGCCUCCUUCUAGGGUUGUCUCUGGGUAACUUUGGUGGUGGAAAUUUUCUCUCUUCAGCUGGGUUUUAACUCAGAUUUAGGAUUGUGCUCAAAUUGAAAUGCCGCCUUAAAAAUUUUAAGGAAGCUCCAUCUAUAAUUAUUUAUAUUAAUUUAUGGCGACGAUGCAACCCCCGCAAAUUGGUUCUGGUGAUGAUAUAACCACCAAUAAUACAAUGACAGUGAUGAAGAUGAAGAAGAAGAGAACUUAUAAAAGGAAAGAUUGCAGAGGUGACAUGCCAGCAGUGAAGAAGAAAAGAAUAGAUACAAAUACUUCAACAGCGAUUGAGAACAAAAGAAAAGAUUGUCAUGGAACAGAUACUCCAACUGUGACGGAGAAGAAUAAGAGAGCAUAUAGAAGGAAGAAGUACCUUCCUCAUGAUUUAAUCAUGGAAGAAAUAUUAACCAAGCUUCCAGUCCCAACACUGCUGACGUCUGUUCUGGUAUCCAGACUCUGGUAUAACUCCAUUCACAAUGAUCAUAAGCGUUUAACUUAUUCUCAUUUCCUUGAAUCGCAGAAACGGCCCAAGGUUAUCCUUAGUCUUUUAAAUGUCAGGGAUGAUGAUGGGGUUGUUCAAAAGCCUCAAUAUGGGUGUCACUUUUUCAGAUUUGAUACUGAAAUGUUCAAGGGUAAGCGAAACAUUCUACAGUUUGACAGGUUUCGAGGUCGUGCUUUAGGUCGUGGUAUAUUUGAAAUGGGAAGAUUUUCUCUGUAUCUUUCAUCCAGCCAAAGUUGGGAAAGGCAUCUCCAGAACCCGCAUCAUCUGCCACGGCUUUGGGUUGAUCCCUCAGCAAACGAGUACAAGUUGGUAAGUAUUUUUUGUACUCCUCAAAAGGAACUUAACUUGCUAGUAUUUACAUUGGGAACGAAAUCAUGGAGAAAUGUCACUGCUACAACCACGCCCGUAUUAGGUCGUCCUGUAUUAAAGAUAAGAGUGCCCACAGGUAGUGACAAAUCAGCCAUCUUCUGUACUACUAGCAGCAGCAGCAGUGGAUAUUUGGUCUGGAAGAUAUUGGUAACUUUGGGGGGAGCAGGAUCUCAUCAUAUCCAACCUGAUAAUAGUAAUGUAGUUAAUAAUGAAAUAGAGAUGUUACUGUCAUUUAAUCUCCAUGAUGACAAGAUUUGUUUCAUUCAACUACCAGCUAAACGUACAACAGAGGAGCAGCAGAAGCACUUACUUGUUGAUUAUCCUCAUAUUCUGGAGUUCAUGGGAUCUCCUUGUAUUGCGCGUAUCGAAAAAAGAUCAGGGAAAGGAAGUGAUUAUCCUCACAUUUUCCGUGAUGGUCAUCAGGGUAUCGGCAGUAGUAAUAGUUGCUGCUGCUGUUGUUGUAAAGUUCAUUUGUAUGUACUGAAGGAUAAAGUCAAACAAGUGUGGGUUAAGGAGGAGAGUUUUGAGGUUUGUACAAAUUCUACUCCCAAUUACGUGACACCAGAUCCCUGUUGUUUUUGCUUUGGCAGUACUACUACUACACCUCCUACUCGCAUAUUCAGUUUCUCAGGUCAGAUAUUACUUUACUGGUUCAACGGGAAGCAUCUUCAAGUUUACAACUUGCAUUCUCAAAGGCUUCAGCUUGUAGUGACUGCUGAUACUAUAGAGGACAAAAUUUUUUGGUCUAAGAGGAAAGAACCACUGCACAUGAAUAUUUCUGGUGAUGAUGAUAUUUAUUGCUCCAGUAUGGAUUAUCAGCUGCAGUGUCAUGAAGAGAACUACCUUUCUCUGGAAACCUUCAUUCCAGGAGGAGUGGAAGGAGUUAAUGCUGAUGAUUUCAGCCACUCUGAUAUGGACAGAUGUUGGGCAUACUGGUUUAUCAACAGGAGCUCAAGAUUGUAUUUUCCUUCUUAUAAGUAGUACACAUGUACUCUAAUAUUGGUAACUGUCAUUAGUUUACUAGAUUAGUUCCGUUUUCUCAGAUCAGAUGUUCCUUUACUGGUGAAACGGCUUAACUUCAAGUUUACAACUUGCGAUCUGGAAAACUUCAGCCUUUUUGCCUUUAAUCCUCAAGAUGAUGUUGUCUUUCGAGUUAAAUGAAACAACCGAGCUAAAUCCGUGGAUUGCUCCAAUGUGGAUUUUCAGCUGCGCUGUGAUGAGGAGACCUUCCUUUCAUUCCGGAAGGUGGAAGGAGUUGAUGCUGAUGUUUUCAAUGAAUUAGAUUUGAAGCGAGAAGACUGUCCAUGUUGGGUAUAUCUGUUUAUCCACACAGGUUUGGAAGUGUUUGUCCUUCUAAUUAGUUCAUUGUUUUACCCUUUUAUUAUCUUGGUGAUCGUCAUUACUAGAUUAAUUAGUUGAGUUGUAGAGUUAUGGGCAUGCUUUAUUAAGAAACUCUAGAAUUAGACCUUAGAUUAUGUUCUUAACAAGUGAGAUAAUCAUAAACUGCAAAAUGAACUUUAAUGUGAUGAAUUUUUGUUGGUGUAUUUUUUUAAAGCUAGUAUUUUCUUCCUCGAAA